AUGCAUCGACACAUCCUCCUCGGUGCCGCUCUGGCGCUCGCUACCCGCGCCUCGCAGCCUGGAGCUCUAGAGCCGGUCCCCGCGCCAUUACGAGACCUCAACUGGGGUCAGCUCAACUUCCUCCACACGACAGAUACACACGGAUGGCUUGGCGGACAUCUUCUAGAAGCUCAAUACUCGGCCGACUGGGGCGACUACAUCUCGUUUUCCAAGCACCUUCGCAAGAAUGCCGACGAUAAGGGCGUCGACCUUCUCCUUGUCGACACCGGUGACCGCAUUGAAGGCAACGGCCUGUUCGAUGCCUCCUCACCCAAGGGCCUCUUCCAAUACGACAUAUACCGCGAGCAGGACGUCGACCUCAUCUGCAUCGGCAACCAUGAGCUCUACCAGGCGUACUCGGCCGACCGCGAGUUAAAUACCACGGUACCCAAUUUCAAAGACAAAUACAUUGCAUCCAACCUUGAUGUUAUAGACCCCAAAAGCGGCGAGCGGGUACCGCUUGCCCAGCGCUACAAAAAGUUCACGACCAAGAACCAAGGCAUUGACAUUGUCGCAUUUGGCUUCCUCUUCGAUUUCACCGGCAACGCAAACAACUCUUUUGUGCAAAAGGCGCAAGAUACUGUCAAGGAGCAGUGGUUCCAGGAUGCCAUAAAAGAAAAGACAGACGCUUUCGUCGUGAUUGGGCACGUCGGCCUACGAAUGCCCGAAUUCGAGACAAUAUUCAGCGCUAUCCGAAAAGAGAACUGGGACACGCCGAUUCUCUUCUUCGGCGGCCACGCUCAUGUUCGUGAUGCUCGGCAGUUUGAUUCCAAAUCGAUUGCCAUGGCGUCGGGCCGGUACUUUGAGACUAUCGGAUGGAUGUCUGCCGACGGUAUCAAGGCCAACGCCGCCGAGGUCCCCCCUGACGUGACCGCCGCGGCCUCAAGCCCCAAGUUCACACGCAGAUACAUGGACACGAACCGUUAUGGCAUGUAUUACCACAGCGGCACGAAUGCCUCUAGCUUCGACACUGAACAGGGCAAGCGCGUUACACAGAUGAUUUCCAGGGCUCGCAAAGCUCUGGAUCUUGACCACCAGUUUGGAUGUGCGCCGAAAACCUUGUGGAUGUCACGCGCCAAGUAUCCUAGCGAGGAUAGCAUUUUCUCUUGGCUCGAGAAGGAAGUGCUCCCUGGCGUCGUUCAUCACCCCAAGCGCAAGGACAAGGCGCGCUUGGCGAUCCUGAACACGGGUGGCAUCCGCUUCGAUAUUUUCAAGGGCCCCUUCACAAGGGAUAGCACGUACAUUGUGAGCCCUUUUACUAGCAACUUCAACUUCAUCCCCGACGUCCCCUACAGCAUCGCGAAGAACAUCCUCACUCUGCUCAAUGGCGCAGAUAAAAUCUUUGCCGAGGCUGGCCGGGAGACCAAGUUUCUCACCAUUCCGGAGCAGAUGUUUCCUGUUAAGCAAGAGGAAAAGCCGGAUACAUCAUCGGACUAUGAGCACCUUGAGCUUCGCAGCAACCGCGACGACGAUGUCGGUCUCCCCCUGACCGAGGGUUACACAACCGUCGACGACAUUGGCAAGGACGGUGACGACACCGUCCACAAGGCUGUCGCUUUCCACAACGUCCCCAACUGCAUCCAGGCCGAGCUUGGCUUCCCCACAGACGGCAGCGCCCCCGAGACGGUGGACCUCGUGUUCCUCGACUUUGUGCAGCCGUGGGUCGUCCUCGCCCUCAAGUUCGCGGGCGGCACGCAGGGCGCUGACGACGUGCAGAAGUACAUCGACGGCACGUUUACGUAUAGGCUCUCCGAGUGGAUCCGGGAGAACUGGAAGGGUGAUUGCUAG